UCGAGCAGCAGCAGUGAAGUGAACGCAUGAGUUAAAGCACUUCGGAGAGUACAGACUGCACGUGCAGGUCAUAUGUGAACAAACAAUAUGAUUAAAGCUCUUUUUAAAGCUUUUGAGGUGAGGUGGAAGUCCUACAGACAUAGAUUUGUUCCCUGGAUAGCGUUAAACCUGCAGAAAAAUGAGAGAACUCUUCGACAGGUGAAAAAUCGAGCUCAAGACAAAAUGACUGCAGAUGAAGAAGUGUUCAAAUCUCUCAUGUGUUUAUUCACACACCUGCUGAAAAAUGAUGUGCAGAAUCAGAGUCAGCUGCUCGAGUUACUGCCCAGGUCUACUCAGAGUGUAUAUAGAAAUGUGGAGAGUAAAACACACAGCGCUCCUCCGUCUCAAGUGAUGUUGGAGACUCUGGGCUUCAGUGUCGAGCGGAAAAUCAGCUCUCUGGAGCGUGCGGGAACUGGAGUGUUUGUGAUGCGGGGGACGGUGCCGGCAGGAAGCGUUGUAGCGAUGUAUCCAGGAACCAUCUAUCAGCCAGAUGAACCCAUCUUUUUCCAAUCAGUCAGAAAUCCGUUUGUAUUUAGAUGCAUAGACGGCAUUUUGAUCGAUGGCAAUGAUAAAUCCAUCUCCAAGAUAGUGUACCGAUCGUGUAGUGGACGGGACAGGUUUGGUCCUCUGCGCCUCAGUGACGGCUCCUGGUUGACGCCUCAUCCUGAAAAUCCUCUCGCUGUUGGACAAUACGUCAACAACUGCUCCAGUGAGAAAGCCGCAAAUGUUUGCUAUCAGGAGUUUGACGUGCCGGAUGGAUUUCCUCUUGAGCUCCGUCAGUAUUUGCCAAACGUUAAUUACCGAUCUGAUAAUAAAAGACCUUUGCGCUGUGUUGUUCUCGUGGCACUGAGAGAUAUUGAAGAUGGUGAAGAACUGUUUUCUAACUACUACACAAUUGUGCAUUAAACUGAUCUCUUAUUUUAAAGAAGAAGAAGAAU